GCGGAGUCAGGGGGCGCAUCGCCUGCGGGAGGAGGGCAGCGUGCAGCGUCUGCUGGGAAGAGCCGGGAGCCAGCCGGACCCGGGACGAGGCACCGACAGGCCGCGGAGCAGCUAGGGGGACGCCCGGGCGCAGCUGCGCUGGGGGCCGUGCCGCGGCUGGUAGCCAACUGGCCCGGCCCGGCCCGGCCCGGCCCAGGGACGAGAGGGACGUGCGCUGUGAGACGCGGAGGAGCGAGGCGCCUCGGCCUGAGAAAUAUCUAUGCAAGAUGUUGACAUUGCAUACUUGGAUAGUGCAAGCUUUGUUUAUUUUCCUCACUACUGGAUCUAUAGGUGAACUUCUAGAACCAUGUGGUCAUAUCAGUCCUGAAUCUCCAGUUGUACAACUUGGUUCUAAUUUCACGGCAGUUUGUGUGCUAAAGGAAAAAUGUAUGGAUUAUUUUCAUGUAAAUGCUAAUUAUAUUUUCUGGAAAACAAACCAUGUUACUGUUCCUUAUGAACAGUAUACUGUCAUAAACAGAACAGCAUCUAGUGUCACAUUUACAAAUAUAUCUUUAUUAAAUAUUCAACUCACUUGCAACAUUCGUACAUUUGGACAGAUUGAUCAGAACGUUUAUGGAAUCAGGAUAAUUUCAGGCUUACCUCCAGAAAAACCUAAAAAUUUGAGUUGUAUUGUGAAUGAAGGAAAGAAAAUGAUGUGUCAGUGGGAUCCUGGAAGGGAAACAUACCUGGAAACAAACUUCACUUUAAAAUCUGAAUGGGCAACAGAAAAGUUUGAUGAUUGUAGAGCAAAACGUGAGGAUCCCACCUCAUGCACUGUUGAUUAUUCUCCUGUGUAUUUUGUCAACAUUGAAGUCUGGGUAGAAGCAGAGAAUGCCCUUGGGAAGGUUACAUCAAAUCAUAUCAAUUUUGAUCCUGUAGAUAAAGUGAAGCCCAAUCCACCACAUAAUUUAUCAGUCAGCAACUCAGAGGAACUGUCUAGUAUUUUAAAAUUGACAUGGAUCAACUCAAGUAUUAAGAGUUUUAUAAGAAUGAAAUAUAACAUACAAUAUAGGACCAAAGAUGCCUCAACUUGGAACCAGAUUCCUCCUGAAGAUACAGCAUCUACCCGAUCUUCAUUCACUGUCCAGGACCUUAAGCCUUUUACAGAGUAUGUGUUUAGGAUUCGCUGUAUGAAGGAAGACGGUAAAGGAUUUUGGAGUGACUGGAGUGAAGAAGCAAGUGGGAUCACAUAUGAAGAUAGACCAUCCAAGACACCGAGUUUCUGGUAUAAAAUAGAGCCAUCUCAUACUCAUGGCUACAGAUCUGUACAACUCAUAUGGAAGACAUUGCCUCCUUUUGAAGCCAAUGGGAAAAUCUUGGAUUAUGAAGUGACUCUCACAAGAUGGAAAUCACGUUUACAAAAUUACACAGUUAAUGACACAAAACUGACAGUAAACCUCACAAAUGAUCGCUAUAUAGCAACUCUGACAGCGAGAAAUCUGGUUGGCAAGUCAGAUGCAUCUGUUUUAACUAUCCCUGCCUGUGACUUUCAAGCUACUCACCCCGUAACGGAUCUUAAAGCAUUUCCCAAAGAUAACAUGCUUUGGGUAGAAUGGACUGCUCCAAAUGAAUCUGUAAACAGAUAUGUACUUGAGUGGUGUGUGUUAUCAGAUAAAUCACCCUGUAUCCCAGACUGGCAACAAGAAGAUGGUACUGUACAUCGCACCUAUUUAAGAGGAAACUUAGCAGAGAGCAAAUGUUAUCUGAUAACAGUCACUCCAGUAUAUGCUGAUGGGCCAGGAAGCCCUGAGUCUAUAAAGGCAUACCUUAAACAAGCUCCACCUUCCAAAGGACCUACUGUCCGGACAAAAAAAGUGGGGAAAAAUGAAGCUGUCUUAGAGUGGGACCAACUUCCUGUUGAUGUUCAGAAUGGAUUUAUCAGAAAUUACACUAUAUUUUAUAGAACCAUCAUUGGAAAUGAAACUGCUGUGAAUGUGGAUUCUUCCCACACAGAAUAUACACUGUCCUCUUUGACUAGUGACACUCUGUAUAUGGUACGAAUGGCAGCGUACACAGACGAAGGUGGGAAGGAUGGUCCAGAAUUCACUUUCACUACACCAAAGUUCGUUUUAUUCCUACAUAGGCAUUAGACAGAUAAAUAAACUCCUCUAAGGACCACAAUAGAUAACUGAUACUCCAUAAGCCACAGUACCAGAGACAUAUGAGCAAGAUGAAGAAGCAGAGAAACCAUUCCCAAUUAAAAGAAGAAGAGAAAUCCCCUAAAAGAACGAUCAAUGAAAUAGACAUCAAUAGCCUACUAGAUCAAGAUUUCAAAAAAGGAGUGAUCAAAGUGCUGAAGGAACUAAAAGAGAUAGUGUUUAGAGAUAUAAAAUAUGUCAAAAAUGAAAUUGAAGCUAUAAAGAAGAGCCAAGUAGAAUGGGUAAACUCAUUGACUGAGAUGAGGAAUGAUCUAAAAGCUGUGCAAAACCAACUAGAUAAUGCAGAGGGAUGAAUUAAUGACCCAGAAGACAGGACAAUAGAAAGCACCCAAUCAGAAGAGCUACAAGAUAAACAAAUAAAAACAAAUGGGGAUUGAAAAGGUUUUUGAAGAAAUCAUGACUGGAAACUUCCCAAACUUAAAGAAGAAAUCAGAUAUCCAAGUACAGGAAGCUCAGAGGGUCCCAAACAGGAAGAACCGAAACAGACCCACACUAAGACAUAUCAUAAUCAAGAUGGCCAGAGUCGAGGAUAAAGAAAUGAUUCUAAAGGCAGCAAGAGAAAAGCAAAGAAUAAGUUACAAGGGAACCCCCAUAAGGCUCUCAGCUGAUUUUUCUACACAAACACUACAGGCCAGAAGGGAGUGGCAAGAUAUAUUCAAAGUCCUGAAUGAAAAAAAGAUGCAGCGUAGGAUACUUUAUCCAGCAAGGCUAUCCUUUAGGAUAGAAGGAGAGAGAAAGAAUUUCACAGACAAGAAAAAGCUGCAGGAGUUUAGCAACACUAAACCCAUGCUGAAAGAAAUAUUGAAAGGUCUACUCUAAAUAGAAAAGGAGCAGGAUGCUACAGAAAUGAGAAACUCACAACUGGAAAGGUGAUAACUCAAGAAUUACAAAUAAAAUAAGCAUGAAAUUAUAAAAGAAGACAUGCAAAUCAUUGAGAGUGGGAGAGGGAGGCAGGGAUAUAUAGAAUAUUUUUUUUCUUUCUUUUUUAAAUUUUUUGUUCUUGGUAAGAUGGGUUUGAGAUUAUGUUACUAUCAGUUUAAGAAAAACAGUUAUAGUAAGGGGCUAAUAGAUUUACGAAAAAGGAUAACCACAAGCCAAAAACUUACAAGGGAGUCACAAAAAUUAAAUAAAAUCCAUGAUAACACAAAGAAAAAUUACCAAACCACAAAAGGAAGAAGAAAGGAACAAAGAGGAAAUACCAACUGCAAAGAUAAGUUCAAAAUGGCAAUAAACACACGUCUAUCAUUAAUUACCUUAAAUGUUAAUGGAUUAAAUGCUCCAGUCAAAAGACAUAUAGAGUGGCAGACUGGAUAAUAAAGCAAGAACCUUCAAUAUGCUGCAUAGAGACCCACUUUAGGGAGAAGGCCACAUAGAGAUUGAGAGUGAAAGGAUGGAAAAGGAUAUUCCAUGCAAAUGGAAAAGCCAAAAAAGCAGGUGUUGCAGUACUACUUUCAGACAAAAUAGACUUUAAAACAAAGGCCAUAAAGAUAAAGAAGGACAUUUUAUAAUGAUUAAAGGAGUGAUACAAGAUGAGGAUAUUACACUUGUUAAUAUAUAUGCACCCAAUACAGGAGCACCUAAGUACAUAGAACAAUUACUAACAGAGAUAAAGGGGGAUAUUGAUGGGAAUACAAUCAUAGUUGGAGAUUUUAACACCACAUUAACAACACUAGACAGAUCUUCCAGACAGAAAAUAAAUAAGGCAACAGAGAAAUUAAAUGAUACAAUAGACAAAUUAGAUUUCGUGGAUAUUUUCAGAGCAUUACACCCCCCAAAAAUAGGAUAUACAUUCUUUUCAAGUGCACGUGGAACAUUUUCCAGGAUUUAUCAUGUACUUGGGCACAAAAGAAACCUCAACAAUUUUAAGAAGAUAGAAAUUAUCUCAAGCAUCUUUACUGACCACAAUGCCAUGAAACUACAAAUCAACAACAGAGAAACAAAGGAGAAAAAAAGGAAAGCAUGAAGAUUAAACUAUGUUAUUAAAAAAAAAAUGGGUCAAUGAGGAAAUCAAAGCUGAAAUUUAAAAAUACCUUGAGACAAAUGACAAUGAAAGCACAACCACUCAAAAUCUAUGGGACACAGCAAAGGCAGUGCUAAGAGGGAAGUUUAUAGCGAUACAGGCCUUCCUCAAAACAGAAGAACAAUCUCAAAUAAACAAUUUAACCAACCAGCUGAAUGAAUUAGAAAAAGAAGAACAAAAAGCCCCAAAAGGCAACAGAAGGAAGGAAAUUAUAAAGAUUAGGGAGGAAAUAAAUGCAAUAGAGAUUAACAAGACCAUAGAAAAAAUCAACCAAACCAAAAGCUGGUUUUUUGAAAAAGUAAAUAAAAUUGACAAACCUCUGGCAAAACUCACAAAGAAGAAAAAAGAGCACAAAUUAGCAAAAUAAGAAAGGAAAAUGGAGAAAUUACAACAAAUAAAAUAGAAAUACAGAAUAUCAUACGAGAAUAUUAUGAAAAACUAUAUGGAACCAACCUGGAUAACCUAGAGGAGAUGGACAAGUUUCUGGAAACAUACUGUCCACCAAGACUGAAUCGAGAAGAAACUGACCACUUGAACAAUCUGAUUACUAGAAAUGAAAUAGAAAUAGCAAUUAAAAACCUCCCUACAAAUAAAAGCCUAGGACCGGAUGGCUUCACCGGGGAAUUCUACCAAACAUACAAAGAAGAACUCAUACCAGUCCUUCUCAAACUCUUCCAGAUGAUUGAAAAGGAGGGAAUAUUCCCAAACUCAUUCUAUGAAGCCACCAUCACCCUGAUACCAAAACCAGGCAAAGACACCACCAAAAAAAGAGAAUUACAGGCCAAUAUAACUGAUGAACAUAGAUCCCAAAAUCCUCACCAAAAUAUUAGCAAAUAGAACCCAACAACACAGAAAAAAGAUUAUACAUCAUGACCAAGUGGGGUUCAUCCCAGGGACACAAGGGUGGUUCAACAUACACAAAUCAAUCAGUGUAAUACAUCAUAUCAACAAGAGAAAGGACAAAAACCACAUGAUCUUCUCAAUCGAUGCAGAAAAAGCAUUUGAUAAAAUUCAACACCCAUUUAUGAUAAAAACUCUCACCAAAGUGGGUAUAGAGGGAACAUAUCUCAACAUAAUAAAAGCUAUAUAUGACAAACCUACAGCCAGCAUAGUACUCAACGGUGAAAAACUCAAAAGCUUCCCACUAAAAUCUGGGACAAGACAAGGAUGCCCACUAUCACCACUCCUAUUCAACAUAGUCCUGGAAGUCCUAGCCACAGCAGUCAGGCAAGAGAAAGAAAUAAAAGGGAUCCAAAUUGGAAAAGAAGAGGUAAAAGUGUCAUUAUAUGCUGAUGACAUGCUACUAUAUAUAGAAAACCCUAAAAGGUCCACACAAAAGCUACUAGAGCUGAUUGAAGAAUUCAGCAAGGUAGCAGGUUACAAAAUUAACGUUCAAAAAUCAGUUGCAUUUCUUUACACUAACGAUAAAUCAACAGAAGAAGAAAGUAAAGAAACAAUCCCCUUUAAAAUAGCACCCAAAGUAAUAAAAUAUCUGGGAAUAAAUCUAACCAAGGAGGUGAAAGAAUUAUACACAGAAAACUAUAAACCAUUGAUGAAGGAAAUUAAAGAAGAACUUUAAAAAAUGGAAGGAUAUCCCAUGCUCUUGGAUUGGAAGAAUCAAUAUUGUUAAAAUGGUCACACUGCCCAAGGCAAUCUACAGAUUUAAUGCAAUCCCUAUCCAAUUACCCAGGACAUAUUUCACAGAACUAGAAAAAAUCAUAAUAAAAUUCAUAUGGAACCAUCAAAGACCUAGAAUUGCCAAAGCAUUACUGAAGAGAAAGAAAGAGGCUGGAGGAAUAACUCUCCCAGACUUCAGACAAUACUAUAGAGCUACAGUCAUCAAGACAGCAUGGUAUUGGUACAAAAAGAGACAUAUAGACCAAUGGAACAGAAUAGAGAGCCCAGAAAUGAACCCACAAACUUCUGAUCAACUCAUCUUUGACAAAGGAGGCAAGAAUAUACAAUGGAAUAAAGAGAGUCUCUUCAGCAAAUGGUGUUGGGAAAACUGGAUAGCAGCAUGUAAACCAAUGAAGCUAGAACACUCCCUUACACCAUACACAAAAAUCAACUCAAAAUGGAUCAAAGACAUAAGACAAGAUACAAUAAACCUCCUAGAGGAAAACAUAGUCAAAACAUUAUCUGACAUACAUCUCAAAAAUUUUCUCCUAGAAGAAAUAAAAGCAAGAAUAAACAAAUGGGACCUAAUUAAACUUACAAGCUUCUGCACAGCAAAGGAAACCAUAAAUAAAACAAAAAGACAACCUACGGAAUGGGAGAAAAUCUUUGCAAAUGAAACCGACAAAGGCCUGAUCUCCAGAAUGUAUAAGCAGCUCAUAGGACUUAAUAAGAAACAACCGAACAACCCAAUCCAAAGAUGGGCAAAAGACCUGAACAAGCAAUUCUCCAAGGAAGACAUACAAAUGAUCAAUAAGCACAUGAAAAAAUGCUCAAUAUCACUAAUUAUCAGAGAAAUGCAAAUCAAAAUUACAAUGAGGAAUCACCUCACACCAGUCAGAAUGACCAUCAUUCAAAAAUCCACAAAUGACAAAUGCUGGAGAGGCUGUGGAGAAAGGGAACCCUCCUACACUGCUGGUGGGAAUGCAGUUUGGUGCAGCCACUGUGGAAAACUGUGGAGAUUCCUCAAAAGACUAGGAAUAGACUUACCAUAUGACCCAGGAAUCCCACUCCUGGGCUUAUAUCCAGAAGGAACCCUACUUCAGGAUGACACCUGCACCCCAAUGUUCAUAGCAGCACUAUUUACAAUAGCCAAGACAUGGAAACAGCCUAAAUGUCCAUCAACGGAUGACUGGAUAAAGAAGAGGUGGUGUAUUUAUACAAUGGAAUACUAUUCAGCCGUAAAAACCGACAACAUAAUGCCAUUUGCAGCAACAUGGAUGUUCCUGGAGAAUGUCAUUCUAAGUGAAGUAAGCCAGAAAGAGAAAGAAAAAUACCAUAUGAGAUCACUCAUAUGUGGAAUCUAAAAAGCAAAAACAAAAAAACAAAGCAUAAAUACAAAACAGAAAUAGACUCAUAGACAUAGAAUACAAACUUGUGGUUCCCAAGGGGUGGAGGAUGGGAAGGGAUAGACGGGAUUUUAAAAUUGUAGAAUAGAUAAACAAGUUAUACUGUAAAGCACAGGGAAAUAUAUACAAGAUCUUAUGGUAAUUCACAGAAAAAAAAUGUGACAAUGAAUAUACAUAUGUUCAUGUAUAACUGAAAAAUUGUGCUGUACACUGGAAUUUGACACAACAUUGUAAAAUGAUUAUAAAUCAAUAAAAAAUGUUAAAAUGCAAUAAAAACCUCUAAUAUAAAUUA